GCAUAAGGAAAUUCUACUUGAAAAAUUGUAUGAUCACUUAAAGGGAAAAAAUCCAUUUCAUGUGUGUGUGUGUGUGUGUGUGUGUGUGGAAAACGAGGUCCGCCUGGCAGUGAGGGGAGUGAGGGUGUUGUCGUCUGCAGUGGAGACAGGAGAGUGGAGAAGACGAGGUCAUCAUAACAACACAGCUGACGGACGGGCGUAGCAGCAGCCAUGGAUACCCCAGUCCAAGGACAAGCGCCUGGCUCCCAGACCAUUACCUUAAUGAAAAUAGGCCAUUAUCAGAUUGGUAAUACACUUGGUGCUGGAACCUUCGGAAAAGUGAAAUAUGGGGAGCACAUUCUCACCGGCACUAAAGUUGCCAUUAAAAUCCUCAACCGCAAAACCAUUAAAAACUUGGACAUGGUCAGUAAAAUAAAGCGGGAGAUUACCAACCUCAAGCUCUUCCGUCAUCCCCACAUCAUCAAGCUAUAUCAAGUGAUCAGCACACCAACAGACAUCUUCAUGGUGAUGGAAUAUGCUUCUGGAGGAGAACUGUUUGAUUAUAUCAAGCAGAAAAGCAAGCUCAAAGAAUCAGAAGCACGGAGGUUCUUCCAACAGAUUAUCUCUGGUGUCGAUUAUUGCCAUAGACAUAUGGUGGUUCACCGCGACCUUAAACCAGAAAAUCUUCUCCUCGAUCACAACUUGCAUGUCAAGAUUGCAGACUUUGGUUUAUCAAACAUAAUGGUUGAUGGAGAAUUCCUUCGCACUAGUUGUGGGUCUCCUAAUUAUGCUGCUCCUGAAGUGAUAUCUGGAAAGCUGUAUGCUGGUCCUGAGGUGGAUGUGUGGUCUUGUGGCAUUAUCCUGUAUGCCCUACUAUGUGGCACUCUUCCUUUUGAUGAUGAGCAUGUGCCAUCCCUUUUCCGCAAGAUAAAAUCGGGUGUGUUUCAGAUCCCAGACUACCUUAAUCAGAGUGUUGUACGCCUGCUAUUGCACAUGUUGAUGGUGGAUCCAAUGAAGCGAGCCUCCAUUGAAGACAUCAAGAAGCAUGAAUGGUUCCAAAAAGACCUACCAGCAUAUCUCUUCCCUCCACCAUAUGAUCAUGACAAUUCUGUGAUAGAUCAAGAGGCAAUAACUGAAGUUUGUGAGAAAUUCCAAGUUGAAUCGGCAGAAGUUCAGAGUGCCAUUCUGUCAGAAGAUCAGCAUAACCAACUAAAAAUUGCAUACAAUCUGAUUGUUGACAACAAACGUUUUGCUGAUGCCAGUGCCAUGUAUAGUAUAUCUGCUUUCUAUACUGGUGUGUCCCCUCCUCCUGCUGUGCCCACUCCUGCCUUCAGCCCCUCAGAUUCAAGCCCAAGCCCUUUCAAACCACAUCCAGAACGCAUUGCACCUCAUCUUGGCAUUGGCAAGAUUCAUCCUGAUUUUCGAGCAUCACUGAGGGAACGAGCACUCAGUGGAGACCGUGGAAUGCCUAAAGGAACUCCAGGGAAACGUGCAAAGUGGCACCUGGGUAUCCGGUCUCAAAGUAAACCCCUGGACAUUAUGAGUGAAGUGUACAAGGCUAUGAAGGUCUUAGGUUUUGAAUGGAAGGUUGUAAAUCCAUUCCAUGUGCGUGUGCGCCGCAAGAAUCCAAUAACAGGAGGCUGUGUACAGAUGGCCCUGCAACUCUAUCAAGUUGAUUACAGAUCACAUCUCUUAGAUUUCAAGAUCAUCUGUAAUGAAGGUGAUACAACACAGGUUGAAAAGAAAGCUUUGGAAGAGGAAGAGACUGGGCCUACUGGGCCUACAUCUCAUCAUGUCAUGGAAUUUUUUGAGAUGUGCGCUGCAUUGAUCACUGAAUUGGCACGCUGAGAUCUUCGAGCAGAACUGCCUGACUUGAGCACUAUCCUGUUAUUAACUGGGAUUGACUGACUGCUCUGCUCCAUGUUUCCCUUAAUCCCCUUCACCAUGCUUCUGCACUGCCUGGUGAUGUAUACUGUACAUUCUCCACUACAAACCAAUUACAAGCAAGAAAUGGGAAUCCUUGGCUUGACAUCAGCAUUGCUAUUCCAGAAUUUAGUGCCUGUGGGUCAGUGACAAGAUUUUUUGCUGCCUCAUUGCAAAUAAUAAAAAUUGUUUGUAAAUCUAUGAAAAAAAAUAUUUUUGAUAGUUGCUUACCCAAUAAUUGAUAUAACUAUAUUAUACAACCUCUUUUGUACAUAUAUAAUUAUUCAUUAUUACUCAAAUAAGAAAGUGUUGUAUAGACUUACGACGUUAUGAUAAAGCAUAAAUACAUGAUACUAUUGUCUGUAAAAACUUGUGGUUCAGCUCCCAUGAAAUUAACAAUAUUGUAUCAAUGUAUUGCUUAAAAUUCAUUUUGCUCUUGUGCCUCAUAUUACAUAUUAAGAAACAUGACGAAGUAAAUAUUGCACUUAAAUCAUAUACAACAAUUACAUUUUAUAGUUUUUAUAUAAUAGUCAUGGUCCUUACUUAAAGUAGGACUGAAAAACUUAGUCCUUGGUGAUUGUAUACAGAUUGUAACAUGAGUUUUUGUAAUUACUGUCAGAGGUGAAAGCACAAGUUAUUCUAAUUAGAAAGUGUUCUAUAUACUUAUGUAUGUCAAGGCUGUCAAAAUCAUGCAGUAUAAAGUCUACAUGUAUUUACUGUCACUGUCUUAGCUUGAAGCUGAAAACAGCUAUUACCUGCCAGCCCUCACUCCUCUCUUCCUGCCUGGGCAAGCCUAUUAUUAACCCUUAACUGACAAUAACUGUUCACGUUAGUGCUGUCCUGUUUUAAGUCACUGUGAUCAUUCAUGUUGGCAGCAUUUCUCCCACAAGUGAAGUUAGCAGCUAAUCAGUUAUUUGAAGUUUCACAUCAAGACAAUGACGGUGAAUACAUUUUGAUUUUACGGUAUAAUUUUGACAGGGAAGAUAGGGGGGGAAAAAUCUGUUGAAAAUGCAGAGUAUGAUGACACGUAACAUGGUGUUUCUAUAACAUAAAUAGUUGCCUGGUGCAGAAGUCUACUGAGAAUAAUUUGAACUUUUGCCUUUAACAGUACUUGCAGAAACUCACGUCCACUCUGUAUGUGAAUGAAAAAAAUAUAACAAAUAAAUAAUUGUUGAUUUUCACCCUCAUUCAGUAAGAUACAUCUAUGACCCAUGCACCUUAUUAGCACAAAACACUACAGAUUUAUUUGAAGGGGAGAGUCAAACAUAGCUAAAAGAAAAGCAUUUUAAUAAUUAGUCAUGGUUAACACUGAAAAUAAAUACAGGAUUACUAAGAGAAUUUGAGCCAUAUCUUAACAUGGAACUGAUUAAUUAUUAUUCAGUUUUACUCACAAAUGUGUAUAAAAGAUUGUGGAAAAAAAAAGAAAAAAUGAAUUAUGUGAAAAGUUUGGGAAGUGCAGCUUGAGAAAAUAUAUUGCUAUAGUUAGACAAUGAUACCAGGAACAGAUGGCAUAAAAGUGUUGGAAACAAGGUUUGAUUAAAUGUUUCACAGCCCAUAUAGGACAAACAAAAAGAAACUAAAGUAGCUGCUCACUAUCAUCACUACCUUUGCUCACUUCUUUAGUUGUCUCUAGAUAAAUAUGGUAUUGUGCAUUGCUUUUGUGCUAUAAAUUGUGUUCAAAUCUUACCACCACCACAUGUAUGUCCUUUAAGUCUCCGUUGCUUAGGUGUAUGCUUCAUACUAUCACAGCCUCUAUAAAAAGAGUGAUGCAAACAACAUGAAAAGAAGAGUAAAGAAAGACACAAAACAUGAAAAGUUGAUAAUAGUAUGGUAAUCAAGAUUGUUGUGUGUUUGCAGAGUGGUAUAGUCUGGCUGGUAUUAUGGUGGCAAUACUGUAACUUAUAUUUGAAAAUGCAAGAUAUUUUUUCCUUUUUAAUUAAGGAAACAAUGCUUAACAUUUCAAUUAUCUAUUAGACACUUUCUAAGAUGAAGGAAAAUUCAUCAUUGGUAGCUUAAUGUUCAUGAUAAUGACUAUCUUUUCCUAGAUACUGGCUGUACUAUACUGUUUGCUCUGUUGGAAUUGUGUUGCAUUUUCACUAUUUUGAUGCAAUGCAGGCUGAACCAUUCAUGUAUGAACAAUUCAGCAUUUGAUGCUGGAGGUGCCAAGUGCAAAAAAAGUGCACCAAGUCCAUUAGCUAAUGCAUAUUUUGUUCACCCUUUAUAAAGUAAGGGAAACAUUAGCAAUUUUUUAUCGUGUAUGGCUGAGCUGGAAACCCCAAACUUUAUGGAAACACACAUUUUCUUUUCUUCUUAGUCUAUAUAUAUAUAUAUAUAUAUAUAUAUUUUUUUCUUUUUAAUCUAUAAACUCACUAAUAGAGGAGUUAGAAUUUUUUCAUUAUCACUAUUUUAUUUAGUUUGAAUGCCGCCCAAAAUAAGCUUGUUAUGUAUACAGUAAUUACUGAAAUUCCAGUAUUAUGUUAGUUAUCAGUAAGCAUGCAAAACAACUAUCAGGUAAUGGUGAAAACAAUAUUGACCAGCAUUGCCCAUGACUAGUAAGUAUGCAGUAAGAUGUUACCAGCAGGUAAUGUAUCUUCUAACCCUAAUUUGAACAUUAAUUAAAUCUAAUGUAAACAACUCUGAUGCCUGUUUCUUGGUAUUCCUUCAAGUCAAUGCCUAUAAGAAAAAACUUGCAUUUUUUUUCCUGUUCAUACAUUCUAUUCUUUCAUAUGUAUGAAUGGAUGGACGUUUGAGUAGAUGGAUGUAUGUUUGGAUGAAUGAUUGGAUUCACUGGCUGGAUAGAUGAAUUGUUGAACAGAUGAGGGGAGAGGAUAGGUAGAUAAAUAACUAGCUUGAUAUAUGGAUUAUAGAUUCUACUUGUAUAUAUGUCUUGUAUUGGAAUAUCAGAAUAAAAAAUUAAUGAACUGUACAUACCUCAACUAUUCAGUCUUAAUAAUUUCUUCAUAGCAUUCAAAGUCAAGUUUUGCCAAUUCCCCAUUUGUCUUAUCCAUUAUUGCAUUCAUAUCCAAAGUGGUCCCUGGUUUUAUGUUGUAACCUUUAAUUAAACCUUGAGGGUUGGAUGGGGUAACACAGUCCAGGUGGGGUUCUUUCCUUAACACUUGGUCAAUGUCUACACCACUAAAGAAAGCAACUGAUAGUGGUAAGUCUUUGAAUCCCAGUCUGUGGAGAAAAACUGAAUAUAUAGUAUAUAUAUUUCAUAUACAGAGAUGAAAUACAGGGAAUUCCUCUCCCUAUAAAUUCCUUAUUUUCCACAAGACAAUAAAAAACCAGAAACAAUCUAUCUGCUAGUGUGUUAUUACUUUACCUUGUGGCAAAGUAUGCCCGUGUAAGAAGGUUGGUGAUCUGGAGAGCUAGGGCUGCUCUGUAACAGUCUCCUUCAGCUACCAAGUAUCGUACCUGCCACGUGUGUUAAAAGUAUUAACCAUGAGAUACUAUAAAAUGUGAAGUACAGCCUGUUUUUAUAUAACAUGAACUACUCUCUUCAAUGAAUAACAAGGUGGUAUCAAAAAAGUUCCAAGACUAGGUCUACCUAUAUACAAGAAAUAACUUGCCCUGAUUAAAGAUUUGACUGUUCAAUCUGAGUUCAUAGCAUUUUAAUCCCAAUGUUUAGCAAUGUAUCUAACAUUACACGAUAAUGAAUAUAUGUAUGGCAAUUUAAAAUAUGAUUUUGAGCAAUAAAUGGCACACAUAUGACUGGUACAAAGCCUCAAUCUGCUCAAUUUAAAUUGUAUUAACUUCCUAUUUAAUAAAUCUUUUGAGUGACUCAA